AUGUCGGACGGAGAUGAGCCCGUGGCGAUUGAGGCGGAGGUCGCCGCCGUGGAGGUGGAGGCGCCCGCCGAGGCGAUGGACACGAUGACGGCGCUGCAGCGCGUGCUCAAGAAGGCGCUGGCGCACGAUGGGCUGGCGCGCGGUCUGCACGAGUCGGCGAAGGCGCUGGAGAAGAGCAGCGCGCAGCUGUGCGUGCUGGCGCAGGACUGUGACCAGGAGGACUACAAGAAGCUCGUCCAGGCGCUCUGCCACGAGCACAACAUCAACCUCAUCCAGGUGCCGAGCGCCAAGACGCUGGGCGAGUGGGCGGGGCUGUGCAAGCUGGACUCAGAGGGCAAGGCGCGCAAGGUCGUCGGCUGCGCCUGCGUCGUCGUCAAGGACUACGGCGAGGAGACGGAGGCACUGAACGUGCUCAAUGAGUACCUCAAGUCCAAGUAG